UGAUGCAUAGUAUCGUAAAAGGAGUAAAUUUGUGCUUUCUCGCGAUCCGUAGUCUAUCCGGCUACGACCCACAAAUUGCACCGCUGUUGGACUUCUCGUCGUAACAUCAUAUUGUAAAUAGUCAUUCAAGUUAAGUAUGCCUUUGCCUGUGCAGGUUUUCAACUUUCAGGGGGCUGUGGAACCUAUGCAGAUUGAUGCAGACCCCCAGGAGGACCAGCAGAAUGCUCCAGAAACCAACUACAUUGUGGAGAACCCAACACUGGACCUAGAACAAUAUGCGACCAGUUACAGUGGAUUAAUGCGCAUUGAGAGACUCCAGUUCAUCGCAGAGCAUUGUCCGCAACUCAGAGUGGAAUCACUGAAGAUGGCUCUAACCUUUGUCCAAAGGACCUUCAAUGUUGACACUUAUGAAGAGGUCCACCGCAAACUAACUGAUGCCACACGGGAAGUCCCGAGUGUACCAGAAGUAGCUCCAGAGGGUGCCGUUGUCCCUCCUCCUUUGGAUUCAGCAUGGACGGAGUCUACCAGAAAGAAGGCUCUACUUAAAUUGGAGAAACUGGACACUGAUCUAAAAAAUUACAAGGGGAAUUCGAUUAAAGAGAGCAUCAGGAGAGGACAUGAUGACUUGGGGGACCAUUACCUCGACUGUGGAGACCUCAGUAAUGCCCUUAAGUGCUACUCUCGAGCCAGGGAUUACUGCACCAGUGCUAAACAUGUCAUUAACAUGUGUCUGAACGUAAUCAAGGUCAGUGUUUAUCUUCAGAACUGGUCCCAUGUACUAAGCUAUGUCAAUAAGGCUGAAUCUACACCAGAGAUUGCAGAGCAACGAGGAGAGCGAGACAGCCAAAAUCAAGCAGUUCUUACCAAAUUAAAGUGCGCUGCAGGCCUGGCGGAAUUGGCUUCUCGAAAAUACAAAGCGGCUGCCAAGUGCUUUCUGCAGGCUUCUUUUGACCACUGUGACUGUCCAGAGCUUUUGUCACCCAGUAAUGUUGCGGUAUAUGGAGGUUUAUGCGCUCUGGCCACGUUUGAUAGGCAGGAGCUCCAACGCAAUGUCAUCUCGAGCAGCUCUUUUAAGUUAUUUCUAGAAUUAGAACCUCAAAUUCGUGACAUCAUCUUUAAGUUCUAUGAAUCCAAAUAUGCAUCUUGUCUCAAACUACUGGAUGAAAUGAAGGAUAAUCUUCUGUUAGACAUGUACUUGGCCCCACACGUCCGGACACUGUAUAGCCAAAUCAGGAACAGAGCUCUUAUCCAGUAUUUCAGCCCAUACGUGUCAGCGGACAUGACCAAGAUGGCUCAGGCCUUCAACACUACAGUGGCGGCCCUUGAAGAUGAGCUCACCCAGCUCAUCUUGGAGGGGCUCAUAAAUGCACGCAUUGACUCCCAUAGCAAGAUUCUGUACGCGAGGGAUGUGGACCAGAGAAGCACCACAUUUGAGAAGUCGCUCCAUAUGGGCAAAGAGUUCCAGAGACGAGCCAAAGCCAUGAUUCUCCGAGCGGCUGUGCUACGUAAUCAGAUCCAUGUCAAGUCUCCACCCAGAGAAGGCAGUCAGGGUGAACUGACACCUGCUAACAGUCAAACGAGAAUGAGCACCAACAUGUGAGUCUGCACACUGACCGGAGGGAAGGAUUGUCCAGCUGUUCUCCGACAUCAAACACCUCAUCCCCCCUCCCCCUUUUUUUUUUGAUGAAGAUGAAACAUGCAACACAGAGUUUAAAGAUUGAGCACUUAAUUACAUCUCACGGAAAAGCAUGAAAUCAUGUGAAAAUUUAAUUCAGAAAAAAAACAUGAAAACUAAGCGCUGUUACAGUUUAGUGGACGCUGAUCUCCUUGUUCUUUGUGGGGGAGUCAUGAACUGAAAUAAUGUUUUAAAAUUAAAUGGCUUCCAGAUAAAUCUUGUCUUCAUCUGGGUCUGUGUUAUCUC